GCCGAAGCGUGUGAGGCACAUCAUAGUUAGCAGGCUAGAAGAAGACAAAUUGUGAGCCUGUGGUAUCUGCAUCGUUUUACCUAUGGAAAAUAGGAAGACAAUUUGACAAUGGUUCUUGAAAUAUCAUUUUAAACAUUACUAAUGAUGUUCAGGCUAUUGGUAGAUCGUAUUUGGCCGGAUUAACUAGCUCCGCAAUAUCUGGUGCUAAAUUACCUCUCUGUCCCAAUUUUUUUUUAGCUGAGAAGGCUUGUUGUUUAAAUACUGUACUAGCUAACAGUAGAUAAAUUACGUCUGUGACCUGUCACAGCUGAGCUGGCUAGCAACAUAGCUAGGCUUGUUUAAAUUAAUUGUCAACAAAGCUUGCUAGACGACGGGUUUGCCUUGUUAUAUAUAUCAGUGUGCAGGGGAGAGAUGGGCACCCUGGGCAGCCGCAUGCAGGCCUCCUCCCAGGAUCCGGAGGAAGCAGUUGAGACUGCAUGUGCCAGUGGCAAGCAUGGAUGCGAGUGCAGAAAGAGGAAACGGACUGCACACUGUGACUGUGACAGUGAGCCUGAUGAGGAAGAUGCCUUACUGGACACACCACGGAGGAAGAAGCUAAAGAGCACUUCUAAGUACAUCUAUCAGACCUUGUUCCUGAACGGCGAGAACAGUGACAUCCGCAUCUGUGCCCUUGGGCAGGAGUGGAACCUGCACAAAGUCUACCUGUGCCAGUCGGGGUAUUUCUCCAGCAUGUUCAGUGGAUCCUGGAAGGAGUCCAACAUGAUGGUCAUACCGUUAGAGAUCCCAGACCAGAACAUCGACACAGAGGCUCUGCAGGUAGUGUUUGGAUCUCUGUACCGGGAUGAUGUUCUGAUCAAGCCCAGCAGGGUGGUCAGUAUCCUAGCAGCAGCUUGUAUGCUCCAACUGGAUGGUCUGAUCCAGCAAUGUGGCGAGACAAUGAAAGAGAACGUCAGUGUCAAGACUGUGUGUGGCUAUUACUCCUCUGCCAGCAUCUACGGCCUGGACUCUGUUAUGAAGAAGUGUCAGGAAUGGCUCCUCAAUAACCUCAUGACCCAUCAGAAUGUUGACCUGAUGAAGGAGCUAGGUGAGCAGGGUGUGUGCUGUAUCUGCAGAGCGGACGUGAUGGAACCGCUGAUCCAGUCGUCUGACCUCUUCGUCAUGCAGGUGGAGAUGGACGUCUACACAGCCCUGAAAAAGUGGAUGUUCCUGCAGCUCAAUCCAUCCUGGGACGGUCCCAUCAAGCAACUGCUGGCUGACGCUGACACCUGGCUUUGCAAACGUAGAACUGAGUUGGGAGAGGAGGAGCCCUUCUUAAAAACAGAGGACGGUGCUCCCUUUACUCCCGUCUUCAGACAUGUGCGCCUUCAAUACAUCAUCAACGACCUGGCGUCUGCACGCAUCCUGGAGAGAGACAAUAUUCUCCCACCCGAUUGGCUGACUUCUGUGUACAAGAGCCAGUGGUUUGCCAUGCUGCGGACGGAGCACGACAAUGACAAUGGUCCACAGGAUGCCAACAAGGAGGAGUUUGAGUCAAGCAGUAUGAGGUGUGGCAGGAAACUGACCAAAGAUGGAGAUUACUGUUGGCGGUGGACAGGUUUCAACUUUGGCUUUGACCUGCUAGUGACCUACACCAACCGUUUCAUAGUGUUCAAGAGGAAUACACUGAGCCAGCCAUGUGGGGGAGCUGUGAGUCUGCAGCCUCGGAGGCAUCUAGCAUACAGGUUACGCCUGGCCUCCUUUGAUAACAGUGGGAAGCUGGUGUGUAGUCGAUCCACUGGUUACCAGCUUCUCACCCUGGAGAAAGACCAGGAGUAUGUGGUGAUGAACCUGGACAGUCGGCUCUUGUCGUUCCCCCUCUACGUGUGCUGUAACUUUCAGUACACAUCUCCUCAUAUGGACCGCCGUCCUGAUGCCCCUGAACCAGAGAGCAGUGCCCGCAGUGUAUCCUGAUAUCAGCUCCACACCCUCAACCAGUCCCCUCUCUGACCACAGGCUGUGGCCCACAGCUUCUACCCCACACAACCCUGGCAUCUGCAUGCUCUUUAGCCCAAUCUAUUGUGUUUAGGGGUACGUUGUUUUUCAAAAAUAUUAAUUGUUCUUCAGUUGUCAUGGUUAAUAUUUGAUUUCAUUCAUUUUUGAUAUGCCUUUUUAUAUUAUUUAUUUGGCUUUUUUUUAAUUAAAGAAAAAAAAAAGUACACUGCCAAUGAAUAGUCCACACCAGUGGGCUGUGGUGCUAUCAGAAGUGUGACCAUGGUCAUCUCUCACAGGGAAUUAUCAGUUACUAGUUCUGUACAUCCAUUACUAUCCUCUUAUGUAAUUACUAACACAUACAGUAUUGCUAAUUGAGUAUGUUGGCCACUAGUGGGUCCGAAUUAGAUGUGAAUUUCAAACACCUAUGGCAGAAUAUGGUGCUGCUUUUAAACUUUCAAAAUUACUUUAAUUUCUAGUCUACAUUUUGGAUAAUUGUAAUAUACCUGCCUUAAUGUAUUGUAAGAUGUUGGGCAAAUUGAUUUAUUUUGGACCAAAGUGGCAUGGCAGUCUUUGACAAAAUUGUUUACUGAUCUGUCAGUUUCCUCAACAGUGGGGUCUUACCUUUACACUUUGCAGUCAUUCAUAUCGUACUAUUCGUAUUGCUGCAUUGUCGAAGGAACCUGCAAGUAAGCAUUUUGUUGGACAAUGUAUACCAUGUGUAUCCUGUACAUAUGACUAACUUGUGCUGUAAUAUCCUCACUGAAAUGCUGUCAAUUAGUUCACCAUUAGUGUCUGCAUACAUUUGUACAUUAUACAGGUUUCACUAUGCUGUACAUGCUUAGUUAUUAAAACUGGUGUUUUCAAAAGCUGUA